CGGUUCUCCUUUUAAAGUCCUCCUAGUUACAUAGCUACAGAACUUAAGAAUUUCAUUCUCCAACCGUUUCAGAAAGCCCUAGAAUUGAAAAGUUGAUCAAACCCUAGAUUCUGAUUCGUUUCUGAAUUGCAAAGCUUUGGGCGGGGGAGUGUGUAAUUGUUUGCGAAGUAGCUUGAAGAACCCGAAAGAAAGAUGGCAUACGAACUAAGUGAGCAGAAAAAGAUCGGGAUUGGCCUUGUUGGUUUUGGUAUCGCUUUCACAUUUCUAGGUGUACUCCUUUUCUUUGACAGGGGUUUGAUUGCUUUGGGAAAUCUAUUUUUUUUAUCUGGAGUAGUUCUUUUACUGGGGGUACAGUCUACCUUGAAACUCUUCACAAACAGAAAGAACUACAAGGGUUCUUUGCCAUUUAUUGUUGGGCUCUUCUUAAUUUUUGUUCGUUGGCCGAUAGCUGGUAUCGUUAUUGAAAUAUAUGGUAUUAUCGUUCUAUUCAGUGGUUUUUGGCCUUCUGUGAAGGCUUUCCUCUAUAACAUUCCUGUUGUGGGGUGGUUUCUGCAAUAUCCAUUUCUGCUGCUUGAUCGCUUGAGAAGAAGCUUUGGUUAGAAACUACUCAAAUUAUUGAACCUCAUCGUUUGCAACGCCAAGUGCUUCAGUUUCUUAACCGAGGACUGCCAUACCUCAUAAUAGAACCACUAGAAGCUCUAUAAGAAAUUAGGUUUACCUCAUGUGUUUCUUAAAUCUCAAUUUGAGCUUUAUCUCAAAUGGAAGCAUUUUUCUUGUAGCUGCAUUUAUGUUUCUGUUUUUGCAUGCUGACCACUGUUGUAAACAUGUGGAUACUUGAGAUUUGCAUGUGGAGCAAACAGUUUAAUGUUUAAGUGUGGGUGAAUGUUGUUUUCUGGAAAGUAACAUCAAUUCAGCAAUGUAUAAUUUGAUUGUUCUUCUGAUACCUGUACCACAUUGUUAAUCUAUAAAGUGUUAGUAAUUUGACA